CACAGCUGCUGAUGGGAAGAGGGGAAACAGCAAAGACAAGAUUGUCACACUCCAGAAGAGAGAGAGAGAGAGAGAGAGAGAGAGAGAGAGAGAGAGAGAGAGAGAGAGAAGGAGAGCAGAUAUACUGUCCAUGUUCAUCCUCAUCAUUCCGGGGAUUAGGAUUGGAGGACAGCAGCCUUUCAGCAGCCACAGACGGACGAUAGGUUACCAACGCACACCUGCACGGAUCAAAGUUAAUCAUCAGAUUCAGUGAAGGUUUUCAUAAUUCAGGUCACAGGAAAUGGGAGCACAAUGUGUCCUGAAGGGAAGCUUCAGUAGGAACCUUGUGAUUUCUCCACACUCUGCAAUGGCUGUGAGACUCAACAAGACAACAUAAGUGCAGGAGCCAAGCAACACAACACAAGUAGACACUCGAUGUGAUUUGACUCUCCGGGACACCGCAUUGCAAUCAACAGAUUGAGUGUUUUGUAUCUAUGCUUACUGUGUGUCCAAGUGGUUGUAGCUUGGUUUUGAUCAGAACUCUGCACUUACUACAACCUGGAACAGAUGGGCAAUAAGAUGUUUACUCAUGAAAGAAAAUGGAAUACUACAUGAUUGCCCACUAAGAAUCCUGUGAAUCAGGCUGUACAGUAGAUACCUUGCGAAUUCCUGCAUACCCCGUAUUGCUUGUGUAGCUAAGAGGAAAAUGAGAAUAUAUAGGUUGUCUGGACUUUAUAAUGAAAAUUCUCUUGGGUGACAGUGGCAAAGAAGUUCCUUUUGAAAUAUGAACAGGAUCCUUUUUUUCUGUGAAUUGUCAUAGAAACCAAAAGUCCUGACACUUUUAGUCUAGCUGUUGUUCUGCUAACUCAAGGAAUGUCUCAUUAUCUUACUAUAUUAGAUAAAUGAGUACUAAUACAGAACUCGCUAUUAGGAUUUGAACCCUUCAUGAUUUUAACAAAAUAACAAAACAAUGAUUAGUUAGUAUUUGAAAAACUACAGCCCCUAAGAAGUCUUUUCAGAGUGUCAGCACAAGUAUGACGUGUUUUAGAUAUCUACGCCAUUCGGUACACCCUGUCCACUCUCGUAGCGGCAGCCACUUGACAAGCUUGGGCUUGUGGGCUGAGGUGUUCUUGAAAGGUUGCUAAAAUAGAAUGAUUGAAUGAAUAAUAAAGUAUUACCAUCCCUGCCUAGACAAAUGUAGUAGGCCGCACAACCUACUGUUGAUCAAGGUUAUGUUUUAGGCCUGGCUCUUUGGCAAUCGGUGGUAUUACAAAUCCAAGAAGCCCAAAAGCUUGACUUCAGCUCUCUGUAACUUCAUUAGCUAGCACCAUUAUCAUUUAAACUUAAAGUUAACAUCAAAUACCCACCAAAACUGACCAUGGAUUUCAAUGGGAGCCGGGACUAUGGGUCCUACCCAACAGGGCUGCCCUAUAACACAAGCACGGACUACGAGUACUACUACCCAGAGCUUUACGCUAGUAGAAUCAUCCUCCCAUCUAUCUAUGCUCUUGUCUGCUGUAUAGGUCUUAUUGGCAAUGCCAUGGUCAUCUACGUCAUUCUGAAAUAUGCCAAAAUGAAAACAGCCACAAACAUUUACAUCCUCAAUUUGGCAAUUGCUGACGAGUUGUUCAUGUUAAGUGUUCCUUUUCUGGCCACAUCAGCUGCCAUCCGCCAUUGGCCCUUCGGGUCGCUGAUGUGUAGGUUGGUGCUGAGUGUGGAUGGUAUCAAUAUGUUUACAUCAAUCUUCUGCUUGACUGUGCUGAGUGUGGACCGUUACGUAGCAGUGGUCCACCCUAUCAAGGCUGCCCGGUACCGCAGGCCCACUGUAGCCAAAGUAGUCAAUGUGUGUGUAUGGGGGCUGUCACUUUUAGUUAUCCUGCCCAUCAUUAUCUUCGCAGACACUGUCCGGGCGCCAGACGGUGCUGUGGACUGUAAUUUCUUGUGGCCUGAAUCGGCGUGGUCAGAGGCAUUUGUGGUCUACACGUUUCUGUUGGGGUUUCUGCUGCCGGUUGGAGCCAUCUGCUUAUGUUACUGUUUAAUGGUGGCCAGGAUGCGAGCAGUGGGGCUAAAAGCAGGCUGGCUUCAACGACGGCGCUCAGAGAAGAAGAUCACCCGCAUGGUGCUGCUAGUUGUGGCCGUGUUCGUUCUCUGCUGGAUGCCCUUCUAUAUCAUCCAGCUGGUCAGCGUUUUCCACCGUCCCCCAGACCCCAUGGUGACUCAGCUUUUUGUCAUCCUCAGCUACGCUAACAGCGGCGCCAAUCCUAUCCUGUACGGCUUUGUGUCUGACAAUUUCCGGCGGUCAUUCCAGCGCAUUGUGUGUUUCCGCUGGCUGGAAUCUGGGCUGGAUGCGGAACAGGUAGAUUACUGUGCUGUAGCUUUGAAGAGACAAGCAACAUGUAACCCUCUGGAUUUUCCCAAGGACUGUAUGGCUUCUGAUAUGGUGUUUCGCAAUGGGACAUAUACCUCCCGUACAACCACAAUGUAGUGGUAGAGUUUUAUUGUCUUAAGGUUUAUAAUGGGGAGAUUGAUAUCCUUUUCAUUCAUACAUUAUAAAACUUAAACUACAUAGAGUUCAAAUAUAUCAUCAUUUUUUUGUAAUAUCCCCUGAAGUACACAGGUGUGCCAUACAGAAAUGGACUUGACAAAGUGUAAACUCCUUAAUAAGAAUUUUGCGAUACGGAACACAAAGUUGAGAAAGCCAGAAGAACAACUAAUGGAUAAGCAGAAAAUGUAAAGUUCAGAAGCUGAUCUGACUGGCUGACAUGUUAAGAGAAAAACUGAAAAAGAUGUAUUUAACUGUAAGAAUCCCACAAAUGUUCUGUAAGUGGGCAAGGAUGUAAAGCACCAAUGACUGUAAGCACAAAAUGGUUAUUCUUAUUGACAUGUAUCAACUUACUUUAGGUUAUAGCCAGCCCUAAGUAUAAGAGGCUGCUUGGAUACCCCGCAAACUAAUUACAAAUGUAAAAUACCAUGAUUGUUUGUCAAAAUGUAACUGUUUAUUUACAAAUACACCCCCAAAAAAUCAUCCAAUGACACCCCCAAAAUGCCCAAAUUAUACAGUUCACAGAUGUAUUUUAACAAUUCAGAUUACCUUCAGAUUAAUUUGGCAAAAACACAGUUAUGACGACCUGUCACAUUCACAUAGUUACACCAGUACAACCACAUUCUGAUCUGCUGGCCACUGAGCAGCUCCACUGGAGCGGCUGAGGUUAAGGGCAAGGGCACCUCAGUGGUGGUGAUG